CGUUCUUGUGGAGAAAGCCAUCUCCUCUUGAAGUUUGUGCAUUAACUAACUUGGUUAACUUAUUUGCUUGAUUAUUCAUUCGCGCUUCUUCGCUAAAGCGACUGGUCUGAAGCACGUCGCCAGCUGCAGUUUGCGGCUGUCGUACGGACACUCCCCUCUUUCCGAUCAACUAAGUAACGCAGGGGAUAGUUAACAAUGAUCGAUCCGAAAGCUGCCAUCCGAUCACGCUGACUCCGCGAGGACCCGACAAUGGCUCGCCAAAAAGUGGCGCCCGAGAACAGGAUUCGGGCUGCUAGGGCUUGUGAAAAUUGCAAGAGAAGGAAACAGAAGUGCAAUGGUACCUAUCCAUGCGACAAUUGCUCCAAGCGCGCCGUGGACUGCAUGUUCAUCCAGCCUGUGCCAGCCACUACCCAACGGCGCCUCAGCCAGAAACACCGUGACGGUCCUGAAGGGCAGUGGAGGCGGGGAAUGUCUGCUCCUUCUAUCGAAGGUGGGGAUAGCAAUGUUCGAGGCUCGUUCUCUGUAUCAGGGAGCAUGAGCGAGUCGACUCAGAGUCAAGAUGGACUCGGCGCAGGAGCAGUCAUACAUCAAUCACCAACUUCGCAAAGCAUUCUAACUGGCGAUCCACUCCCCUCGACGAACGAGAUGGAUUCAUCACGACAGCCUGCGGGGCAGAGUGGGAGUUCGGAGACCGAUGAGGCGGAGAUGCAGGAGGCUUCACGCAUGUUGAAUGAUGGGAAGGGGAGAAUGUUAUACAUUGGUGACUCGGCGCCUUUAUCAUACCUGCAAACCAUCCGACAGUUGGUUGGCACCGUUGUGGGUUCUUCUGCGUUUACAAUCGAUCCUCAGCGGCAUAAGAUUCUCGAAGCCUCAGUGUCAAUUCCGCCACCCCAUCAACACACGUGCACAUUGCCAGAUCGAGAAGUUGCCUUCUUCUUGGUGGAGUCCUUCUUUGCUAAUACAAAGGGGAUCAUGCACAUUUUCGACGAAUGUUUAUUCAAACAGAAAGUCGACAGGACGUACCAGAACCCGCUGGCGGCCGAACCAUCGUGGCUCUGUAUAUUGAAUCUGGUAUUCGCAAAUGGUCUUCAACUGCGAUCCGCCAGUCCACAACGGUCCGCAUCUGAAGCUGCAAUCCUACGACGGCUGAGCUCGGAUAAGGUGGACAGAAGCGAAAUGUUUUUUGUCGCAGCAAAGCAUUUCAGGGACUCGGUUUCUGGAUUUGAGGAUGGAGAUUUUGCUUCGAUACAAGCCCUGCUAUUAAUGACGCUGUAUAUGUUGACGGCGGCUAAGCGCAAUACUGCCUGGGCGUAUUUCGGAAUGGCAGUCAGGUUAGCUUAUGCCCUAGGGCUGCAUCGGGUAGAGACACAGCUUAUCUUCAACGAGUCGGAAAGGGUUUCAACGUCCGUACAUAGAAUGAUGCUUUGGAAAAGUCUCUACGUCAUGGACCGGUUUAUUUCUGCCUGCUUGGGCCGUCCGACAGCUAUCCAUGAUGACGACUGUUCGGAUGCAUUGUUCUCAUCUAACAACAUUGCGCCAAACCCACCUCACGGAGACCAGAGUUUCCUUUCCGAUACGCUCACUGCCUCUGUUCAGUCCGCCAAAAUCCUAGGCGUUAUAUUGAAUCGCGUCUACAGGAAACGGAAGAUAUCACUCAAGAUCGCCCGGGGUAUUGCAGUCGACAUCCAUAACUGGACACAGUCUCUACCCGAAUUCCUCCAGUGGAAUCCUGUCCCAACUCCCCAUGACGACCCUGCGAUCGCUCUGGCUCAGCUCCAUAUAUGGCUGAUGUAUUUUCAAAACAUCGUCUUGCUCACUCGUCCAUUCCUGCUGUUACACGUGAAGAAGAUCCUCGACGAGCACCUUAGCGGGUCCCAGGCCUCUCAGCCAAACGCGAAUUCUCCAGCUGAGAACAAGGUGGCAGAGAAUCCAGAGCUGAAGAAAUACUCGGCUGCGUGUGUUCGCUCUGCAAUCCAUAUGAUCCGGGCCAUCCAGGCCAUUCGAGUCAAGGGGUGUCUUCCGCGACGAAACCCAUUUAUCAUACAUUGGAUGUUCACGGCUGGGCUUAUAGUCCUCACUAAUUGAGAACGACUCUAUCGCUCAGAGAGUCCUCGCGCUUCACCAAUACUGCGCUGAAACCGACCUGCAGUCGAAGCGAUAUCUGACGAUUUUGACGUCUUUUCAGAAGACGAUUGUUUACGCAAAGACCUCCAACAUGCCGGCGAAGGAAUCAACGCAGCAAGAUCCAAUCGAGAACCUCUUCAACGCCACGCAGCCUGCCGUGGCUGGCCUCUCUCCAACUAAUAACGCGAUGACGUCGAAUUACCUGUCUGCACAGAACACAUGGGAUUGGCGA